AUGUCUCAAUCAAAUAGUCUAUCAGUACCUAAAGCUAAAACAUCCCUUUUAAGCCCUUUAAAAUUAAUAGGUAAUAAAUAUUAAAAGGUUUAUGAAUUUUAUGUUAUCAAUGAAGAAGAAAUUUUAAAUAUAACUUUGAACUUGUCUUCUAAAAUUAAACUUGUGAAUGCUAUCUCUGAAGUUCUUUAAUAAUUAUGCAAAGAACAUCCAUUAGAUUAAAAUGCGAAUAAUUAUGAUAUUUAUAUUUCUAAAAAGAAUGGUAAACCCAAAACUGAUUUCCCAUCUUUUCAAGCAGAUUUAUCAUUAGAAGAAACUGGAAAUAAUAAUUUUUCUUUAGUUCACAUUGCAUUCCAAGAAUCGAAACCAAAAAGAAAAUCAACUUUUGAUAUAACAAAUCAUUAUAAUUAAGGAAUGCAUAAAAAUUAAAAUGAAAAUAUUUAAGUCAAAAAGAAAAAGAAUUGGCUUUUCAACUUUUUAGGAUGCUUAUGA